AUGAUCUCAACCAAUAUAUUGAAUUUGAAAAUUCCAAGUCAAGAUGCUCAAGGUCGUUGGUAUGAAACACUUUCACCAACACAAGUCUUGACUGGACAACAACAACAACAACAACAACAACAACUACAAGAACAUGAUAAAGAGAAAAAGAAGAAAAAAUGCCGUGGGAAUAGAAGAGCACAACGUCUACGUCGACGACUUCGUCAACGAGGUAUAGAUCCAGAUACAAUUACAGAAUUAGUUAAUCAAAGAAUCAAUCCUCAACAACAACAUAAUGAAGCAAUACAAAAUGAUCGAAUUCCACAAUCGAUACAACAUAAAGAUAAACAGCAUGAUAGUACAGUAAAAAAAUCAAUAAAACGUAAAAGAAAUGAAACAUCAUCGAAUACAAUUGAUAAAUCUUUAAGUCAAUUAUCUAUUUCUCAACCAUCACCAAAAAAACAAAAGAUGGCAAAUAAUGAAAUUGAACAAGUAAUAACAAAUGGAACAUCAGAAACGAAACAUUCAAAAUCUAAAAAACAAAUUAAUCAUAAUAAUGGCGAUUCUUAUAUACCUGAUUAUUUAAAAGUAUCAAAUCGUAUAUUUAAAAAAAUGUUAAUUAAUUCAUUAGAAGGUGCCAAGGAAAUUGUUAAAAGAUUAAAUUCAAAAGAUAAAAUUAAUUAUAUUCGUCAAUAUGCUUAUUUAAUUCAUCGUCUAUUCUAUGUACAAUUACAGGAAAGUCAAUGGAAAUAUUAUUAUGAUAUUGGUAUACAAGAAAAUAUUUGGUCAGGACGUGUAUCAAAAAAAUGGGCUGCUAUGAAUAUAUCACAAGCAUUACAAGAUUUUGGUAAUCAACCAUUACCUCAAUGUCUAUCUGAAAUGAAUCCUCCAUUAGACUUUGAAAAAAUAUCAGCAAUGGUUACAGUUGUUGUACGUAAAGGUCAACAUAAAUUAAAGCAACAAUUUGAAUACAAUAAAAAAAUGUUAAAAUUAGACUCAACAGAUCACCUUUUUGUAAAAAAUAUUUAUGAUUUUAAACCAAAUAAACAACAGAUUCGUUCAAUCCGUAAUAUAUGGAAAGCAAUUCAAAAUAAAAAACAAAUGAAAGAACAAAUUGAAAUAUUAAAACAUCGUAUCCAUUCCAAUUGUUUACCACCAGCUUUUAAUCUUCUUGAUUAUACUCUUGAUAAAGUUGAUAAAAUACUUAGUCGAUCAAAACAAUCUGCUACUAAUGAUAAUGAUAACCAGCAACAAACAAUAUUAACUGCACGUCGUUUAAAAAAAAUUGGACGAUUUAAAUAUGAUAUGCUUGAAUGA